UCAAGAAUAAUUUCUGGACACAUUUUGGUGUGCGGUAAGAUGCACUGAUUUGUCCUGCUGGGAUCCCACAGAAUAAACCCAGGAGUGAACACAUUUAUGCUGCCUGACCUUUUGGUUACUGUGGUUGAUAAUACUAUCUUCAAAACAAAGCCGGUUUAUUGUUUGUUUGUUUGUUUGCUUAUUUUUGGUAGCUGCUAAAAUGAGCCUGGCUCCAUCCUGUCACCUCUCAUUGCUCCUUCUGCUCGUUGCAAACCUAUCAGAUGCGUCCCAGGACAGAAUCAUCGGGGGUGCAGAGGUACAGCCCUACUCCAUCAAGCACAUAGCCUCCCUCCAGUUCACGAACUACCACUUCUGUGGAGGCACCCUCAUCCACCCGCAGUGGGUGGUGUCUGCUGCCCACUGCUGGAGACCGAGUCAGCUGAUCCAAGUGGUCCUGGGUGAGCACAACAUCAUCGAGGUGGAGGGCUUUGAACAGAGGUUCAACGUCACUUUAGCAGUCAAGCACAACCAGUACCAACCCUGGAUGUUUGACAAUGAUAUCAUGCUGCUUAAGUUGGACCGUCCAGCUAUCAUCAACGCCAGGGUCAAGCCAGCCUCUUUGCCAGACCCGGACUCACCACCCUUGGCCAACCUUGCCCGGUGUACAGUCAGCGGCUGGGGUGUAACCUGGCUCAACAGCUACAUAUUGUCACCUGUACUGAGGUCUGUGGAUGUGGAUAUCAUCAACAACUGCUGGUACUACUACUACUUCAGGAUCACAGCGAACAUGGUCUGUGCUGGCUCUCUCUAUGGUGGGAAAGACUCCUGUCAGGGUGACUCAGGGGGACCUCUUGUUUGUAACGGUAAAUAUGAGGGCAUUGUAUCUUGGGGCAUCGGCUGUGCCGAUGCUUACUACCCUGGCGUCUACACCAAGGUCAGAAACUACCUCGGAUGGAUCAACUUGGUCACACAGAACAACUAAUCAGACUCUUAAUAACUUGCUCACCAAAUACUCUACUGGGAUGAAGAUGUAAAUGGAUCCCAAUGAACCCUGAGGCCUUAAUGGAUAUUUUUUGUUGUCUUUUAUACAGUACUUUAAUAUAAACAAUAAUACAUUGGUUAAAAAUAUAUUAUCUGUAUCAUACACCCCAUGACACACACAGGUAAAAUUACAUAAAUACACAGUGAAGUUACUUAUUUGGGUGAAUAUCACUUGAGCGAGAAAACCUUUUUUAUUACUUUUUUUUAUUAUGAAAAAAAUUCUGACAUAUACUAUUACAACUAAAAGCACUUUGUAUUUUAUAGGUAUUCUACUGUGUUGAUAAUGUUUUCCAGAAGUGAUGUAAAACCACAGAUUUUGGGGGUCAUUUCAGGAAUCAUUUUGGUCUUUGAAGCCUCCAUUUCUCUACUGACUUAGAGCUCAAAUACAAGCUGGACUUAACAAUAAAGAUACAUAACAGUA